AUGGCGACUGAUUCGGUCAGGUCUGGUGCCGCAGAGAUCUAUCGAGGAAAUUCAGAUGGUCAAGUUGAGUAUAUGGAACAUCCAUACUGGCGACAAAGAUAUUGCCCCUCCCAAGAAGGCGAUGGGACUCUUAGGUGCUGUAGCUGUGAAAGAUUGAAGCCAAGGGACUCGACAUAUUAUGAGCUCAAUGAUGAUCUGAAGCUAUGUCCAGUACAGAAGAUUCCCCUGCGGGGAAAAAAUGAUGGUCCUGAUCGCCACUUGCCAGUAAUAACAGCAUUCAGCUUGUUAGAAGAACAUACUAUUACCAACUGUAUUUUCUGGAGGCCAGGGAAGCUUCGCUGUAAAGUAAAAGAAACUAUCAUCUGGUAUGGCCUUCCUAGGAUGUUGACAGGGUCACUUCUAGCUCAACAGAUGAUAAGUGCAUGGCUAAGGCUUAAAGGUUAUCCCAACUUUUGCCCUGAGCUUGAAAAAGGUAUCUGCCAAUAUUUGGCACAUAGGUGGUUGGAGACUUGGAGUAUUCUAAUUCUGAUUCAUCUAGAAAAUUAG